AUGCACAGCACAAAAUGCAAAACUUGCAGGUGCAUGGAGGACUUAUUCUCAAAUCACAAAAAUACUUUGGGAUCGCUUCAUCGUGUCAUAGAAUAUUUAGAAAAGUACGGUUCCUCUACAAUUUUUAGAGAUGUCAAAAGGGCCGUCAACUUUUACCGGAUUGAGAAAUCCGAAGAAGAAGUGACAUCUCGUUGGAAAGAUAAAUAUCGUCGAGAACUGAAAAAAGUUUCAUUUUCUUGUUCGGGAGAUGGUGCAAAUAAUUAUAAACCAACAUGGACCUAUUUUGAGAUGAUGGGUUUUUUGAAAGAUGUGAUGACUCCAGCAGUUAAGUCUGGAAAUUUAUCAACCUGUCACCAAUCUGAUGAUAAAAUUGACGUUGAAAUAGAAGAUGACGACACAAGAGAUACCGAUAUAGAAGUUCCGCCAUCCACAUCGAUAACAUCUAAUGUGUCAGAGAAACAACCAUAA